AUGUCGAAUACCGUCGCCCUGCACUCCUUGUUGAAUCGAGCUCUCCCAACCUUGGAUGAUGCCUCGCGUUCGCAAUUACUGCCUGAUCGUUUCGUGGAGAGCCUACCGGGAGGCUUGCGGGAAAUGGCAUGGAUAAUUAAUGAUGAGAAGACCAUGGAUGUACUCCAACUGGCGAAUGUCCUGAAGGAGUUUACUUGGAAGAAACUUGCACCGAAGGCCAUAGAUGACGGCCUUCUGGAAUUAUGGCAACUCUCAAGGAACUGA